CCCACAUCAACAACAACAUCAUCCAAAGAAGUCCCAUCAUGGGUCUGCCAAUAAUACUAGCCGUCGCUGUUACAAUUCUGGGCCUCUAUUAUUACUUCACCAAAGAGCAGAACCCUUUCGAGAAACACGGCUUGCCCUACAAACAAUCAAUCCCUCUACUGGGCAGCUCUUGGUCGGCCAUGCUCCACCUCAAACCAUUCGCAACGAUGGUCCAAGACAUCUACGACAUGGCAGCCGAGGCAAGAUACGUCGGUUUUUAUCAUCGGAUGGCGCCAGUCGUCAUGCUUCGGGAUCCAGAGCUUAUCAAAUCGGUGGCCAUCAAGAAUUUCGAUCAUUUCCCCGAUCAUCGGACCUUCACGAGUGGAGAACCCGACCCCUUCUUCAGCAGCAAUCUAUUAUUACUUCGAGGCGACAGGUGGAAGGAAGUCAGGUCACUUCUGACCCCUGCCUUCACUUCUAGCAAGUUGAAGGCUAUGUUUGUCCUCAUGUCCGAGUGUGCCACAAACAUUGGACAGUUUCUCGCUAGCCUACCGGCUGACCAAAGGACGAUCGAGAUGAAGGACGUCUUCACCAGGUACACCAACGACGUGUUCGCCAGCUGCGCUUUCGGCAUCAACGUGGACUCCAUGAUCGAUCGCGAGAACAAGUUCUAUGCGUAUGGCAGGGAGGCUUUGGAUAUUCACAGCAUCGGAAUUCAUAAGAUCGUUAUGCUGUAUGUCUUCCCAAGGCUAGCUAAGCGGCUGGGUAUACGGUUCAUAAGGAAAGAGGUGUUGGAGUUCUUCGAAAGUGUCGUGUCAGCGAAUAUCGCUGCUCGAGACGAGACAGGUAUCUUUAGGCCUGAUUUGAUUCAAUUGAUGAUGGAGACUAGGGGAAAACUGGGUCCUGGCAAGGAGUUGACGAUAGAAGACAUGACCUCUCAAGCUUUCGCUUUCUUCUUUGGUGGUUUCGAGACGACUUCGAGCUUGUUGUGUUUCGCUGUUCACGAGUUAGCAGUGAAUCGUGGGAUUCAAGAGAGAUUACAGAGGGAAAUAGACCAGGUGAUGUGUGAUUCUAAUGGAGAAGUCACUUAUGAAAUGGUUAAUGGGAUGAAAUAUCUGGAUGCUGUGGUUAACGAAGCGCUGAGGUUGUAUCCGGUUAUACCCAUCACUGACAGACAGUGCGUUAAAGAGAUCGAAUUACCUCCAGCCACGCCAGGGACGAAGCCUUUUCUCAUGAAAGAGGGUUCGUAUCUUUGGUUACCGAUUUACGCGAUUCAGAGAGAUCCUAAGUACUUCGAUCAGCCGGAGAAAUUCGAUCCUAGUCGAUUUUUGGAUAGACAGGGCAAUAUUCUUCAUUCUGGAGCGUAUCUGCCUUUUGGGAUGGGGCCGAGAAUUUGUAUCGGUUAUCGAUUCGCUCUUGUGGAAGCCAAAGUUGGCUUGUUUCAUAUCCUCGCCCGUUGCAAGCUGGACGUUUGUAGCGAAACACAGAUACCUAUGAAGUUGGGGAAAGCAGGAGCGUUCUUGAAGGCUGAAAAAGGAUUUUGGCUGCAGGUUCGACCGAGAAAUAAUCCAUUUACCUCGACAAAUCCCAUAAUGGAUCCGUGGACAGUGGCUUUAACGUUGGGCGUGGUUGUAGUUACAUGGUACUACAUUAAAAGGAGCUACAGUUUCUUCAGUGAUCGGGGAAUCCCGUACCUGAGACCACUUCCAUUGCUUGGAAGUCUUUGGAAAGCCGUCUUUCAACGCAUACCUUUCGCUGAAGCAAUCCUGGAAGUCUACGACCUUCAUCCUACCGCGAAAUAUGUCGGUUUCUACGAUUUCCUGACACCUGUGAUCACUAUUCGCGAUAUCGAGCUGUUAAAAUCCAUCACGGUGAAGCACUUCGAGCACUUCCAAGACCAUCGAGCCCUCCAGAAAGACAACGCGGAUCCCCUGUUCAGCAAGAACCUCUUCACCCUUCGUGGUGAACGCUGGAAAGAAGUGAGAACCAUGCUAAGUCCAGCGUUCACCUCCAGCAAGAUGAAGGCAAUGUUCCAUCUGAUGAUCGAAUGCGCUGAUCGUUACGGGAAUUUCCUAGGCACGUUACCCGAGGGCAAGCGUACACUAGAACUCAAGGACGUUUUCACCAGGUACACCAACGACGUGAUCGGUACUUGUGCUUUCGGGGUAGAAGUGGACUCGAUGGCAGACAGGAACAACACGUUCUACGUGUACGGUAGGGAGUCCACGAGCUUCGGUAGGAUUCAGUCGAUAAAAUUCUUCGUCGUACGAAGUGCGCCUUUCAUAGCGAAGCUAUUUGGUAUAAGGCUUGUGUCCAGCAAGAUCGCGAACUUCUUCAAAGAAAUGGUGGCUGACACCAUAAAAUACAGGGACGAGAAUAACGUCGUUCGACCAGACAUGAUUCAGCUGAUGAUGGAAACUAGAGGAAAAGUGGGCCCAGGGAAAGAGCUCACUAUCGAGGACAUGACCGCCCAAGCGUUCAUCUUCUUCUUCGGCGGUUUCGAGAGCACCUCGACCUUGAUGUGCUUCGCUGCUUACGAGAUAGGGGUGAACCCUGAGAUCCAAAAGAAACUGCAGGAAGAGAUCGACGAAGUUUUGGAGAACUGCAAGGGUGAACCGACGUACGACGCGAUCAAUGACAUGAAAUAUCUCGAUGCUAUCAUUUACGAGGCCCUGAGAAUGUAUCCAGUCGUCGUCGCUGCUGACAGAGUCUGCACAAAAGCCUUCGAGCUGCCACCAGCUUUGCCAGGAUUGAAGCCACACGUUGUGCAGGAAGGCGAUUUUAUUUGGAUGCCGAUCUACGGUGUUCAUUACGAUCCCGAACACUUCGAGGAGCCGAAGAAGUUCAAUCCUGAUCGGUUUCUCGACGAUCCGAAGAAGGUCGUCAAUUCUGGCAGCUUCUUGAGCUUUGGAAUUGGUCCGAGGAUGUGUAUCGGUAACAGGUUCGCCCUUCUGGAGACGAAGGUUCUACUGUUCCAAGUAUUCGCUCGUUGUACCUUGAAUCCGUGCUCCAAGACUGUUAUACCAAUGGUGUUGAAUAAGAAAGGAUUCCAGAUGACGUCUCAGAAUGGAUUUUGGUUCGAUGUCGAGCCAAGAAAGAACAGGGUUUCCGUUCUUGUUAAUUCGGGGGGCGGCAGCCGAGUCGCCUUUUAGAAAUGUUUAGUUUAUACUGUUGUAUUUACGUGUACUCACGUUUCAAAUCCACGUGUGAAUAGAUGCAAACUGGUAGAACUUCGGUCGUCUGUUGAGCGAUUGGUAGAGAUGUUAUAGAUAGAGUAGUCCGAUAAGUGAAGU